CGCACCCCCGCCGUUAUGACCGCCCGCCUCCCGCCGCCGCUUCGCCCGUCCUCGGCCACGCAACCUCCCGCCGUCACGCGCACGCUGCACGCGAUCAACACCUGCACCUCCGUAGCCGCGCUCGCGCCCCUUCGCGGCGCCAUCCUCCGCGAGCCCGCCCUCCUACGCUCCACCGCCGUCGUCUCCGCCUUCUUCCUCGCCUGCGGCCGCCUCCGGCACCUUGACCCCGCGCUCUCUCUCUUCGCCUCCCUCUCCCGCCCCCACGUAUUCGUCUUCAACUCCAUCCUCCGCUCUCUCCACCCCGCCUCCGGCUCUUCUCCGCUUCCGCUCUUCCGCCGUUUCCUCUGCCUCGGCGUCCGCCCCAACCGCUAUACCUUCCCGCUCCUACUCACCUCCCUGUCCUCCCUCUGCGACCUGAGAGCCGUGCAUUCUCAAGUCACCAAGUCGGGCUUCGCGCGCGACCUCCACGUUCGCAACGCCCUCCUCGCACGGUACGCUGCCUGCGACCCAGACGUGGCCCACGCCGAGCAACUGUUCGAUGAAAUGGCCCUUCCGGACGUGGUCGCAUGGACCACAGUGAUCACCUCAUACAAGAAUCGCGGCCGCAGCUUUCAAGCCCUGGCCACAUUCCGACGGAUGCUGGCUGCUUCUGUUGCCCCCAACCGUGUCACCAUGGUCGCGGCGCUUGGCGCAUGUGGGGCCCAUGGCGCGAUUGAAUCUGGCACUUGGAUCCAUGAGUAUGUGGAGAAGCAGGGAUGGGAUCUGGAUGUUGUAUUAGGCACUGCACUCGUAGACAUGUAUGGGAAGUGUGGACACGUUGCGGAGGCGGCACGCCUGUUCACCGAAAUGGUCGAGAGGAAUGUCUAUACUUGGAAUGCUAUCAUUGGAGCACUUGUUCUUGCACAGGAUAGCACAAGGGCAUUGCAGUGGUUCUAUAGGAUGGAGGCUGAUGGUGUCCAGCCAGAUGCAGUGACGCUUAUUUGUGCUCUUUGUGCGUGUGCCCAUGCUGGGUUUGUUGACACCGGGAGGAAAAUAUUUAACCUGAUCGCACAAGGAGAGUAUGGGUUUCAACCUGGAGUUAAGCACUUUGGAUGCCUGGUUGAUCUUCUUAGUCGCUCUGGACACCUGGAUGAUGCCUUUACGGUUGUUCAGACGAUGCCAUCACAGCCAAGCGCAGUCAUCUGGGGUCUACUGUUGCGGGGUUGCAAAGCUCAUGGUGACUCAUCCUUGAGUGAGCAUGUACUGACAAGGUUGGUGGAGUUGGAGCCUGAAAAUGCUUCACAUUAUGUGUUGUUAUCAAAUUUAUAUGCUGAGACAGGGAGGUGGCAGGAGGCUGAGGAGGUCUUGCUCUGGAUGAAGAAGAAUGGAUUGAGGAAGGAUGCAGGCUGGAGCGUAAGGAUAUUAGGAGACAGGCUGCUAUCACCGAAAUUUGGCAGCAUGAAGCAGAUGCUGCCGAUACAAGGAUCUUUUGUGCACUGGACUGCUUUGGGCACACAUGCUUUGUUCGAUGUGAAAAGACUUGUAGUGCCCAUAGAUGUGAAGAAGAAGCCAUGGGAGCAAAAGGUUCACCUCCAUAACCGCUGGCAUCCAGAUAUCCCUCCUGUUGCUGAUGUGACUGAAGGGGAGUUAUUCCGUGUUGAGAUGGUAGAUUGGACUGGAGGACGGGUUAGUGAUGAUAACUCUGCAGAUGAUAUCAAAUUUCUGGAUCUUACAAUUACUCAUUAUCUUAGUGGCCCCUUCAGAGUAAUUGACGCUGAAGGGAUUCCAGCUUCACCUGGUGAUCUUCUAGCUGUAGAGAUUUGCAACCUUGGUCCUCUUCCUGGUGAUGAGUGGGGUUACACUGCAAUAUUUGAAAGGGAGAACGGAGGCGGAUUCUUAACCGACCACUUUCCAAGUGCAAGAAAAGCGAUUUGGUACUUUGAAGGAAUUUAUGCAUACUCCCCUCAGAUACCAGGUGUUCGGUUUCCAGGAUUAACUCAUCCUGGUAUAGUGGGAACUGCACCCUCGGCCGAGCUGCUUAAUAUAUGGAAUGAAAGGGAAAGGCAAUUGACCGAGACAGGUCACGAGUCUCUGAAACUGUGUGAAGUCCUACACCAGAGGCCCCUUGCUAACUUACCAACCCCUGAGAACUGCUUACUUGGAAAGGUUCAAGAAGGGACUGCUGAGUGGCAAAAAAUUGCGAAUGAAGCAGCAAGAACUAUUCCCGGAAGAGAGAAUGGGGGGAACUGCGACAUAAAGAAUCUAAGCAGAGGUUCCAAAGUUUAUCUACCAGUAUUUGUUGAUGGAGCAAAUUUGAGUACUGGUGAUAUGCACUUCUCCCAAGGUGACGGUGAAGUCUCAUUUUGUGGAGCAAUAGAAAUGAGUGGAUUCCUUGAGCUAAAGUGUGAGAUCAUAAGAGGUGGGAUGAAAGAAUACUUGACUCCAGUUGGUCCGACACCACUUCAUGUGAAUCCUAUCUUUGAGAUAGGUCCAGUGGAGCCACGUUUCUCAGAAUGGUUAGUCUUUGAGGGCAUCAGCGUAGAUGAGUCUGGGAAACAGCAUUUCCUUGAUGCAUCAGUUGCCUACAAGCGUGCUAUUCUUAAUGCAAUUGAAUACCUUUCCAGAUUUGGGUACUCCAAGGAGCAGGUAUAUCUUCUACUAUCAUGCUGUCCAUGUGAGGGUAGGAUAUCUGGAAUAGUAGACGCCCCUAAUGCAGUGGCGACACUUGCCAUCCCUACAUCAAUAUUUGACCAGGAUAUAAGGCCAAAACGCCUAGGCCAUGGACCAAAAUUGAGGAGAGUUCCGGAUGUUCUGAGGUGCACCUAUGAUGGACACCUUCCUGUAACACAAGACCAAAGUUAUGCAAGGGCGCCAUAGUGCAAUUAUCUAGAAAUUCAUAUGCGUGAUCAUAUUUACGAUUGCUAAUUAUGUAUAUACAGAUUGCGACGAUCAUCUGUACUAUUCAGAACCAUCUAUGUAUGCUCAAUCCAGAUUGCUUAAAAUGUACUUCCUCCCAAUGGGUUGUAUCUUAGAGUUGUAUCUAAACAAGGUAUAAUUUAUUAUGUUUUGUGAGAUAGGAGUUA